AUGGCACCCCCCAAGAAAGAUAAAGAAGUCCCGUCAUGCUUCACCGACACCCAUGGAGUGAUCACUUCAACAAUGAAUGACCUCCCAGGCUACAAGAUCAAAUCCGUACUCGGUACAGUCUACGGUAUCACCGUGCGAACAAGGAACUGGGGCGCGGACCUGGGGGCAGUUGUGCGAUCAGCUGUCGGAGGCGAGAUUCGAUUCUUUACCAGUUUGAUGUACACAUCGCGUGAAGAAGCGCUGGAGAGGCUGGUGGGCGAGUGUAUGAGUCGAGGUGGAAAUGCGAUUAUUGCGGUGAGGUUUGAUGUUGCUAGUUUUGGUGCAUGUUCGCAGAUUUGUGCUUAUGGAACUGCUUGUCUGGUUGAGAAGAUUGAGGAGGGGCUUUGA